AUGUUCAUGUGGGCCCCAUUCGGCCUCUCCCUCUCCCUCCUCCGCACCCUCGUCUUCCUCCUCCUACCUUACAACCUCUCCAUCCCAAUCGGCGCCUUCUCGGGCCUCCUCGCCACCUGCUCUCUUCCCAUAAAUGAUACCACCUCUGCAGCCUUUUCCGGGACCCACCACCUCUACGUCUGCAACCACCGCACGUUACUUGACCCCAUCUAUAUCUCGGCUGCACUGAACAAGCUUGUCACGGCGGUCACCUACAGCCUCAGCCCACUUUCCGAGCUUCUUGCUCCUAUUCCGACCGUCAGGUUGACCAGAAACAAAGAAGUAGACAGGAAAAAAAUGGAGGAGUUCUUGAAACAAGGGGACCUCGUGGUCUGCCCUGAGGGCACGACGUGUCGCGAGCCCUAUCUGCUCAGAUUCAGCCCGCUCUUCGCCGAGCUUACCCAGGAGGUCGUUCCAGUCGCGCUCGACACCAGGGUUAGCAUGUUUUAUGGGACCACGGCUAGCGGGUUUAAGUGGCUGGACCCGUUUUGUUUCCUGAUGAAUCCUAACCCAAAGUAUGAACUGAAGUUUUUGGAUAAGAUUCCGACAGGUUUGGGCGGGGGAAGUUGUAGCUAUGAGGUGGCUAACGAGGUGCAGAGGGAGAUUGGCCUAACACUGGGGUUUGAGUGUACUUCCCUCACUAGGAAACACAAGUAUCUGAUGCUUGCAGGUAACGAAGGGACUGUGGAAAACAGAAAGCCAAAAGAAAAAGAAAAAGUAAGAAAGAAAGAACUCUUUAGGAAUUAA